AUGCAGAGGCUGUGGAAUAACAAGGCGCCUGGAGAGGACGGUACCCCUGCAGAAGUCUAUAAAUCUUGCGUCGACACUCUGGCUCCCUGGGUUAAUGAGGUGAUUGGACAGGAGUGCAGAGACGAGGCCGUUCCCGACGACUGCGGCUCAACCAUCCUUGUACGAGUUUACAAGAAGCGAGAUAAGGCAAGAUGCGAGAACUUUUGCGGCAUAAGUCUUAUCGACAUUGCUGCGGGAUAUUUCGCUUUUGUUAUUCUCAGGUGGUUCCAACCUGUGUGUGACUCUAGGAAGCGGCCCAACUAA